AUGGGGAAGUAUACAUCAUUGAAGGUUGUUUCAAUGACUGCCAACAAGGCAGGCAUGUCCACACCCAAAUCAGUUUCUGUCACCAAAAAGAGCGGAAAGAAAAGAUUGGAAAAUGCAUCUGCAGUUGAUUUACGUCAACCUAAGGAUAGGGAUCCUAGUGUCAACAAUGAUUCGGAGAUUAAAGAGUUGAUUGCAUCUCUUCCACCACUGAUUGACUUUGGCUUAUCUACCCAUGACUUAGUUGCUAUCGGAUACGACUAUAAUUCAACCAAGAUCUCUUUUGGAAACUCCAUUUUCAAUAAAUGGAUGGAAGACCAUAACGAUUGGUGGACCAAAGCUCUCCCAAGGUUUGACAGCCCGUUCAAGGACUUUUACGCUAAUUAUUCUGUUGAAGUCAGGGUCAAUAUGAUCUUCGCUCAAUACGAGAAUGAUUGGAGACAAGUUUUGAGAUUUUUAAUCUCGCUUUUUGAAGAUGACGCUUUGGAUAUUACGGACAAGAACACGGAAUAUACCUGGGGAGUGAGAGCAAUUGCUCUGCAAGUCGCCCAACAGAUCCCUUUUUCCUUUUUUGAUAUUGGACUUGUGAACGAUUCAAAAGUAUCACAAGAAGAUCUGUAUUUUUUGCGAGACGAUCCAACCAAUCCAGCCUUACAAAAUGAGACCCCUCUGGUGCAGUUUUGGCUGAUGUGUGCGUCCAUGUUCGAUCAUCCUUGGACAAUGCUUUUCAACGAAUUCCUCGAGGAAUCUCCAAUCCUUUGCAUUCAAGAAAUGAAACUGAAGGUGAUUGAGGGAUUCCCUAACGACGAGACCAACAAGGUGGAGAUUCACAAAGGGGUAAAAAGACAUUUGAUCCCGAGUACAAGGAUUCUGAGGAGGAAGACGAUCCGGCCGGUUACGAAGACAAUGGAUUGGUCAACAAGCUCUCAACCCAAUGGGUGGGAUUCUGACGAUCCCAUGGACUACAGCGCAGAUGAUAGGAGGAAGGACAUGGAGUGCAAUAACGAUGACGCUAACAACGGUGACAAUGGCGGCGACCGCGAUGACGAUGACAAUGAUGAUGAUGACCAUGAGGAUGAAGGGGAAUAUGAUGACAACGACAAUGACAAAUUGUCCCAGGAGUCUGUAAUUCUAGUGGAGGGUACUCGUCAGAUGAUGGACAAUGAGGAUGAGGCCGACAACGCAAACCCUUGUAUUAACACUGACGAGGCAGUUUCUGAACUGACCGGUGACACGGUUGCAGACAAGGACCCCAAAUUGGCAUCUCCGCCAAGGAAGAAAGGACGAUCUCACCGUGUUUCCUUGCAAAUAAAGGUCACCGUGCUAGCAGAUACGCACGUAUAG